GGGAACAGGACCAUGCGGUCCGUCUUGUUCUCUCGCCGAUCUGAUGUCUAAGAGACCCCUCCCACAAUCUCUGAAUUCCAUGUCUUGGAAAUGCACUUCCGGUUGCCCCGGAAGUCCUUUGUUGGGCGAUGUGAACUACAUUUUGACGUCAGUGAGUCACGAUUUCCCAGGCUGGGAACAGGGAGAGGACCAAUUCUUCUACAAUCUGACAGGGACUGGGCAAUACAACAUCUCAAUUGAUGAUCUUCCUUGGCCAAAUGUCACCGGUUAUGGCCGCAUGGUGGCGUCCGUUCAGCUUGGUGUUCGGAAUGAUACAAACGUCUCCAACGCCAGCCCUAUUGCGGCUGUCCCGCCCACUGUUGGAAUUCCUUUUGGUUGUAAAAACGUCAUCAGCUUACCGGUAGAAGACCCGGAUGCAGAUACCAUAAGAUGUCGUUUGGCUAAAGUCGUCGAAUGCGCAGGCGCCUGUACUGAUUUGCCUCAAUUUCUUAUGAACGAGGAAAACUGCACAUUAACCUUACACACGACCACGGCUAACGGAUACACACCCAACACGCUCUACCGUGUCACCGUCAUGGUCGAAGACUUCCCCGAUUACACCGUCAGUGUCGGAAGUGAGAUCAGGAACCCCCGCCAGUGCAUCAGUAAAAUACCUCUCCAAUUUGCUGUGAGCGUGAUAUCUUCUAGUGGAGGAUGUGAUGACCUUGUGAUGAAGUUCACAUCUCCCGACAUUCCGGACGGUAUCCGUUUUCCGUAUCCACCGACCGGACCGUUAUUCCAGACCCUUUCUUACUAUAUUAAAACACCAAAUAUAUCCGAUACCGAUUUCUUGGUGAGUCUGGCCGCCAUGUUUAACCACAGUAAGAUCCCGGAUGACAAAAACAGAACAAACGUAACCCAUCUGUACGGGUCGUGGUACUCUCGUCAGGACCAGUCGGGAGAUAGCUUCAACUGUGUAUGGGGCAGACGACUGGACGGCCUUACCACCACAGAGAAACGCUGUAUGCUUGUGUAUCUCAACGAUAUUGACCACUGCUCCGGAGGUGCUUUUUGUAAACGUAACGGAACGUGCAUUACGCUCUACAAACGUUACACGUGCAAAUGUCCACAUGGCUUCAAACCACCUGACUGCCAGCUACGUGUGAGCUGUUUGGACUUCCCCUGUAAACACAAUGGAACCUGUGUAGAUACCGGCACAAUGUACAAGUGCACAUGCGCACCAGGUUACAACGGUGUGGACUGUCAAUGGAAAUAUGAUGAAUGUUCAAGUUCUCCAUGUCAAAACAAUGGCACAUGCGGUAAUGACGUCACUGGCUUUACCUGCUCGUGUCUAGCUAAUUAUACUGGCGACACAUGUCAGACCCACGCAACUUCCAUGGAUUUGCGUCCAAUGGUGGGUAGUCUGGAUCCACCUGUCUGGCCCCUAUUGGUCGGAGUAUUCGGUGGAUUGGCAUUAGCUGUAUCCGCAGGAGCAUGUUGUUGGUGGUACCUUGGCGCCGCCAAACGUCGUAGACGGAAAAAAGAACAGAAAGUCGAGCCUGCAUCACGCUGGGUGGAGGAUCCCAGGAGCUGCUCACGGGCGUCAAGUGGCAUUGUCUCGAGAGAGAAAUCUGAUGACGUUAUUGGAACUCCUGACUUUCCUGUGACGUCACAUAAUGGCGGUAUCACCGGGUCUAACAUCAGCGAUAACGGCAAGCAAACAUGAGAAGCAGCACGAAAAGUAUUUCACGAAAUGACCACCUCUUAAUGACGUAGGACUGCAGUGACGAGGUGUUUUAUGCUUCAGUUAUAUAUAAACGAACAUUAUAUUUAUGUGCGUGAUGAGAUGAUAGCAAUUUCAUAUUUCUUGUUUUCCUUCUUGUGUAAGAAGCCAGUUCUCGUACAUUGUCAUAUUUUGUGGUUUUACAAUAAAUUUUAUAAAGGGUCCAUUGCAGUUCAUUCUUGACAAAAACAAUUCCAUGGCAAUAUUUACAUUAAAUUACUUUCACCGUUUUGUUAUAUACCAGUGUUUCCUAUUAAUUUGAUUGGCUCAACACUUGAACUCUUGGCUUUUGGGAUAGCCAAUUGUUUUGUAAUACGAUUAACAAAUAAUCAAUGGAGUCUGUUUUGUUCUGUAGAAUUAUAUUAUUAAACUAUGUGCUCUAUAGUUUGAUUAUUCAGUGUACUUCUCCAUGGUGAUUAACUGCUGGUGAUCAUUAUAAUUAUAUAAAAGAGCAUAUUUAUUUCAGUGGCAAUUCAGUCAUUUAUAUUUCAGUUGGGAUCUGGUGAAAAGAUAUUUGAUAAGAAUUUGAAACAAAAUAGAAAUGUUUACCUCUUAAUGUUAAUGGUUUGAAAAUGUUUGAGAUUAUAUUU